AGUAUAGCCCCAUUUUUGAAAAUCGACAUUUUGUUGUAACUCUUUUUUCUUCUUCUUCAGAUGAAGCCUUUUUGGACGCAGCCGAGAGUUCCUUUAUUCAAUCUCCAGGCUACCCAUUAGACUACCCUCUAAACUAUUACCAAAUAUGGUAUUUCAAAUGUGCCGAUGGAUUUGUCGUGUCCGUCAUCGUUCACCACUUCGAUCUUGAGUUCGAAAAUGAUUAUCUUUACAUCGGAGACGGUGCAAGAAGAUUCUCAAACCACGAUGAUACCUGGCGUGAUCUAACGGGAGAUUUGCGUCAGAUCAGAGACUAUCGAGAUUUUACUUCCCUCCAAUCCUCGGUACAAAUCAUAUUCACUACCGACUUCGUCACCGUCGAAUCCGGAUUUCGGAUUGAGCUACGGGCAGUGAAACAAGCACGUAAAACUACAAUGCAACGUGUGAGUACCACACCAAUUUUUCCAUCUACCUCAGGUCGGAGUAUGGAGAAUGACGUCAUUACGUCUGACAGCAGUGCUAAACUUCCCAAAACAACGACGCAAAAGGGUGUAUAUGAGAUGCAACAGAUGAACAGUUCGACAAAUUUCGUUAUAAUCUUCGGUGUAUUUUCCGGGCUACUCUGUGUCAUCCUGCUCGUAAUACUUCUGCACUGUGUGGUUGUGAAAUUUCGACGACGCCACUUAGCACAGCUAGAUGGAAGGAUAUACUGUUCCGUCACAGAAUCGGCGCCGGCAUUACCCCCUCCCAGAUUCACGCGAAGACACACGUCUCUGGCAUGUGCAUCCCCACCUGCGUGUCACACAGGCUCGUGUGUAGAAGACAAUUGCGACAACACCACGGCAACAUUCAAGAACAAACAUAUCAUGAAAGGUGAGGUGUUUAGUGAGGCAGGAGACAUCCUGAAUCAACUUGGUGUGGAUUCCACAAUGUACGCUGAUACCUACGCUUGCGUACCUGACCCCCUUGGUAAGCAGUGCUUUGAUGAUGGUGGAGAGACUGAUAACACCAAGAUAUCAAAACAUCUUGGUGUCGUCAUGUCCGCAUCACGAAGCGAUGGAGAUCACAAGGAUGCCAUCCCCCUUAAACCUCGUGUUAAUACAGGCAGGAGAUACGGGCAAGAGGAGUCCCAAUAUGUUUGUUCGACAGCUGAUCACAAUCGACUCACAAGGGGUGGAUUCGUGGAGGGCUCUCAUGAUGAUACAUCACCGAAAGGUAUCAGAACUAAGAGGAGGUAUGACGAAGAUUAUGUGAAUGUUCCAAGUAUUAAUACCGUCAUAUGUGAUGACAGUUCUUCAAGUACGUCGUCCAGCAGAUCAGGGCUUGAAGAUAGCGGCUCAAGCAACUCCUCUAAUCAACACCCUGGUCGCUGUCCACAUAGCAAGAGAGCCUUAAAAUCAAUUGACUUUAGUGGCCUUCCUAGAUCUCAAGUUGCAGGGUCAUCCUCUGACUCAUCAUCUACAAUAUUGACAGAGGACUCACGAUUCCCGAGCUGUAACAUUGACGAAUUCGGCUACCUCAUCCUAAGCACGUCAUCACCAAAAUGCGGCGGAUCUCGACACAACCUUCAAUCGGAAAGCCAUGACGAUGAACUACGUUUUCCUCAGUACAGCAGCAAUGGCCAUGACGACUGGACAACUUCAGGUCGCCUCCACAUGUCUCCUUCUCAACGUUCCAGUCGAGAGUCGUUGUCGAGCUCUUCACCACUUGAGCACACCUACCUUGAUAGAGAGAUGUCAUAAUAAACUCCAUGAGUUUGAAAAAUAGAGUAUCUGUAUUCGAAAAGAGACGAGACACGUGAUCUAUAAACGACAUUUACAAGUGUGUAUGGACCCAGAGAUGUUCACCUGUCUUCUCAUUACUCUUUUAAUUAAAGGCAUCGUUUAACAAUGUUAAAUAUGAGAUGCACGGCCUUACGUGUUAUCUUUGUCUGUGAUAUGGAGUAAUAAUGAAGCCCUAACAAAAUUUCGCUUCAAAAUGAUCAAGAAGUGCCUCAAAAAUGUAAAAAUCUUUGAGUGACCGGUUUUACCAUACUCGUUUUCC